ACAAGGGUACGGAGGGAAACAGGAACAGAAAGUGAAGACUUGUCAAGAUGUUUGGGUGAAGGGGACAAGCACAGAGCAGAGACACCAAAAAACAGAAACGGCAGAAGUUUGAGCAGCUGACUGGAUUACACAUGAGAGGAAACCUGACCACUUCACAAGUGCCUGCGGGAGGAAGCCAGAAGAGUCUCUGCCCAUAUAUGGUCUAUGGUUCAGACGCGUGUCUUCAAGUGAUGUAGUGAGUGAACAAGAUAAAGAAAAAGAUACACGACCAAAUUGAACCACCUCUUCACGGCUGGAUUAAACUAAACCUAGAGUCGAGAGGCUGGAGGACAAGAGGCGACCCGCAAGCACACAGAUCGAGAGAGUGGCAUGAAGAAAUAAAACUUGUCCCUGAGGAUCAUAAUCAUCGUAACUGAGGGGUUUCAAACAACUCAUCUUCUUGAUUUAUUUAAAAAUAUGCUCAGCCUUUCGUUAAAAGACCCUUUUAGCAGGGACACGUCUACUUCCAGUCUGACUGUUUAAUAAGAACAACACAGGCUUGAGCACAGAUCUCGAGGAGCAGAAGACAAGCAAAUGAAAUUCACCGCCCGACAGCUGUUGAACACUUCACAUCGUACCACUUUAAAAGUGUUGGUUAAUUAGUUAAUAUGACUCAAAUUAAAACCUGAGGCUCAACUACUUUGAAAUCUCCAGCAGCUUUUUAUGCUCGUUUACUGUCUUGUAAACUUCACAACUUUCUGAAACGAUUCAUUAAAAGUUUAUAUCUGCCACACAGGCUCCGUUACGCAGAAGUCACACUUCUGUAUUCUGAAGCCAUGGAUGAGAAAUUUGACAGCAUUCGGGAUUUUUUCCAUCAAAUAUGGACCUUUGUCAUGGACAAACACAACCAGGGGGUUUACAACACCGUGUGUCUGGUGGUCCUCCUAACACUGCCACUGCUGGUCCUCCUCAUUACUUUGGUCAUGUGUUGCCACUGCUGCUGCUGUCGCCAUGCCAACAGCUGCUGUUGCGGCUGCUGCUGCUGCUGCUGCAGAGACGCCAUGGCAACCACAAGGUCGGACACGAAGAAGAAAAAAAACUCACCCAACUCUGAAGACUUAUGGAUCUCUGUCAAGACGGGGCCAAUGACACCUGACAGGGUUGCACUGACUAUGGUGUAGUGAUUCAUUUUUAGCUGAUCCUGGGACAGUUGGUGCAGUGGAGCUCAGACUUGACGGAGGCUGGAGACCUUGUUUAAACUGUUGGGAAGCACUUCAUGUUGUAAUGGGCACAGAAAAGUAUGACAACAUAGACUGUAAUGUAAAAAUGGAUGUAGCCCUCCAACUGCAAAACUAACUCCUGAGGUUUGCGAUUUGACCAGCGGCGUGUCAGUUUUUGAAACUGGCGAUCACCUGCAACCGGGCUCCGAUUGGACAGUACCAUCUUUUAAUCACACCGGUGUCCAUGUGCACACUUUAUCGUCUGUUUCCCUCCAAAUAGUUUACGAAAUAGUUUGUCAGAAGAGCAGAACUUUGUGACUGAGACCAUUAACUGUUUACCAAAUGUUCCCAUAGACUUCUAUUCAAACAGUGGAGUCCUUCUUUGUUGGUUUCACUUUCAAACUGGAAGGCUAUGUCCAUUUUUUUGAGUACAGUUUACUGUUGAAACACGUGAACCGCACAGGGUUUUGCGAGUUUGGAUUCAUGUGGAGAUCUGAUUCCAUUGUUUACAGCUUUUUGUGGUUUUACAUAUAUGAUGCUGUUCAUACAGCAAACAGAGCAUAAGUACGUAUGUGCGUGUGUGUAAAUCUGCACUUGUGGGUUAGAGAGACUGCAAAGGUGUGAGUGGAUGUGUGAAACAGAAUAAAAUUAGAAUCUUUGCUCUUUCCAAA